CGCAAAAGCCCCGCCCAGCCGUGACGCCAUUUCCCCGUGGUGCGGCCAUGGCGCAGCCCGGCGGGCGCCCCAUCACCAUCAGUGAGGUGCAAGAGCUGGUGAAGAGGAAGGAUGAGAUCGAGGCGCAGAUCAAGGCGUGCUAUGAGCUUCUGGAGGGGCAAAAGGGCGUGGGGAUGGACGAGCCGUUGGUGGACGCCGAGGGAUUUCCCCGCGACGAUAUCGACCUCUACCAAGUGCGAACCGCUCGGCACAACAUCAUCUGUUUGCAGAACGAUCACAAGGCCCUCAUGAAGCAGGUGGAGGAAGCUCUUCACCAGCUGCACGCCCGGGAGAAGGAGAAGCACGCCCGGGAUGAGGCGGAGGCGCUGGCCGAGGCGAUGAGCCAGACCCAGAGCCUGCCGCAGCCUUUUGCCAAAGUGAACGCAGUGACCCCAGGAUCUCCUGCCAGUAUCUCGGGACUUCAGGUCGAUGAUGAGAUUGUGGAGUUUGGUUCUGUCAACGCAAACAACUUCCAGAACCUGCAGAACAUCGCGACAGUGGUGCAGCAUAGCGAAGGGAGACCCCUGAGUGUGACUGUGAUCCGCAGCGGCAAAAAAGUGCACGUGGGGCUGACUCCAAAGCGCUGGAUUGGGAAGGGUCUCCUGGGCUGCAAUAUCAUUCCCUUGCAAAGAUGACCGUUGCUUGGAAAACAAUAAAGCUGAAGCUUGUGCCUGCUUUCUGGACUUUGAUCUGGUUUGAAAACUUCCCUACCUGGUUUUUUUUUUCUGAAACAAAUGUUUUGGAGGCUGUGGCCUCACGGUGCCAGACUCACAAAGGCUCAAGAGGUUCUGACAGAGCAGGGCCUGCUGCAAUUCAGAAUUGCGCUGGUUCAUCAGGAGUAGCUUGCAGGGUUGCAAGAUGUGGCCAUUUAUCUCUUACACCUUCUGUCAGUUUGGAAUGAGGCUAUUGAGAGACCCAAACUUCACUUGAUACAGGCUCUAAAGAGCAUGAAAUGCUCAUACUUGGUGAUAACAGAGCACUUUUUUUUUUUUUUAUAUCCCUUCCCCAGUAAAAUUCUUCACUGAACAUCUUGUAAUAUGUGCUAAGAAGUCCUGGAGCACUUCUUGGGUGUCUUUAAAAGUAGAUCUCAAUCAAAAAAUGUGCAGGUUUGGUACUUCAUCUUCCCCAUGUUACCACAACUUUUGAAGUCACUAAAUAUUGUGCAAGAAUUUGGAUGAGGAGUAGGGGUUAUAAUUCUGCUUUGGUUUACUUUUUGUAGUUGUUAUAGUCAUGACAAAAGGAUUCCAGAUUUUGUUAAAAAAAAAAAAAAAUUGUUUAUUUUCAGUAGUUGGUUUUAGGGUGUAUGAGCUCCUCGAAGGGAUUUCAGGGGUGAUUGAUUUGUUGUAAGAUUGUUUCCAGUUGAACUGGAAAAUACUCCAUUGAAACAAUAAAACUCAGUUAUAUUUUC